GUCUCCUGUUCCUCUUGUCAACAGGAGGAGGUAAAGUUCGGAGGCAUGACCAUGGCCCUGCCUGUAGAGCUGAGCUGCCUGCAGGGCGGCGCCGGCGGAGCAGAACGAGAGGCAGCCCUGGCAACCCUGGAGAAACAGCUGAUCUGCCCCAUCUGCCUGGAACUGUUCACCAAGCCGGUGGUCAUUCUGCCCUGCCAGCACAACCUGUGCAGGAAGUGUGCCAAUGAGCUGUACCAGCCGUCACUGUUCCAGGCUCGGACCACUAUGCUGGUGAACAGUGGGCGUUUCCGAUGUCCGUCCUGCAGACAUGAGGUGGUGCUGGAUCGCCACGGUGUCUACGGCCUUCAGCGAAACCUGCUGGUGGAGAACAUCAUUGACAUCUACAAACAGGAAGUCAGCAACGGCACCAAUGCAAGCCCCCUUCCUCUUCCACCUCCUCCUCCUCCUCCUGCAUAUGUGACAUGUUCGGAGCAUGAAGGUGAGAAGGUGAACAUCUACUGCGUCACCUGUCAGGUUCCCACCUGCUCUCUCUGUAAAGUGUUUGGCGCCCAUCAGUCUUGUAAGGUGGCUCCUCUCACAGACGUCUACAAGGAGCACAAGGAUGAGCUGAAUGAAGGCAUCGGUUCUCUGGUGGGGGUCAACGACAGAAUAAAGGACUUGAUCAGCGAGCUGGAGGAGACCAUCCGAAACAUAGAGGAAAACUGCAAGGCCCAGAAACAGAGUGUGUGUGAUUCGUUCAACAACAUGAUGUCCAUCCUGGGAGAGAGACAGAAGGCCAUGACGCAGCAAAUCAGCUCUGAGGAGGAGGAGAAGACGAGUCACAUCCAGGCACUGAUGCACUGCUACAGUGAGAGUGUGGAGACCAACAAUAAACUCAUGGAAAAAGCAGCGAGCAGCAUGGAGGAGCCAGACAUGGCUGCGUUUGUCCAGAGUUCUGGAGAGCUGAUUACAAACGUUGUAGCAGCAAACAGCUCCUGCCCAACGGAGAAACUAGAACCAGGCUAUGAGAACCUGAAACCUUACACCUUUAACUUCGACAGCCAGGAGAGAGCUCUGAGGAGCGUAGACUUUCUCAAAGCUGUGGUGGAUUCACCUGAAGAACCAGAGCCAGAAGAACCCAGUGAGUCAUGUGAACAGAACAAAGAACCAGAGCAUAAUCAGGAAAUAUUUACACAGCAUCUGGGAUCGGAUCUAAAACCUUUACAAGAGACAAUUCCAGAAGACCACACGUCCACCCUGUGUCCACCAGCUCAGGACAUCCUUACAGACUCUGCAGAACCUGCAGAGACACAGCUGGAAACUGAGACCGAUGAGGCAGAGGUGAAUGAUGAAGAGUUGGAUGAGAACACUGAAGAGGAAGAAGAGCAGGAGGAGGAAGAAGAUGAAGAAGAAGAAGAAGCAGAGGAGGAGACGGAGCAGAAGCAGGAGGUGAAGGACGGAGCAGAGACAUAUACAACUCCUGGACCAGUCAAACAGCCAAUCAUCUGUGAACAGCAGGAGGGGAUGAGCACGCUACAGGCUAUCACUCUCAUCUUCUACCUGUUGGCCUUCCUGGUCAUCCUACAGAGGGUGUGGGCUUACAUCGGCUGCUUCAUUUACACAUAGCACCAGCUGAAGACACCGCUGAAUCCGCACUACUGCACAGCUCAGAUGGAGUCUGAGACUAGGUCUGGGUCCGCUCCUCUCUUCUCCCCUCCCACCUCUUCCCCCGUCAUUGAGGCUCCUCGUAGACCCAGAUUCUCCUUCUCCUGGCUGAACCCUGUCAACAAGAAGAAGUGAUGGAAGGAGGGGGAAACGUGUCUGGAGAUGGUACAUUGCUGAGGCCAGGACGACGUGCUUUCAUUUCAUCAAGUCAUUGCUGUUCUGAGAUUAAAAAGACAUGCAGUAACUGGAUCAAAGUCAGAGACUGAAGGCACCACCGCUCUUGAAGACAGAGUGUUGGAUCAAUAAUUCAUUUAAGAAAAAACACAUUUUGUGAAUGCUGACAGAGUAGUAUUUAACGGGGGCUUUUGCCUCUUCAUGUGAAAGGUGUUGUAUGCGUUUUUUACCUUGGCACACAAGAAAUUCCUAAUAGUUGAGGAAGUACUUAGAAAGUAGUACAUCAGUGUUAUAGUCUAGAACUAUAAGAAAUAAAGUUUGGGUAAAAUGAAGAAUUGGAAUAGAAGAUUGUAGAUACAAUCAGACGUGUUGGUAAAAAUAACUUGUGUUAAUAUAUUUUGUAGAUUCUUAAUGUCUUUCUUGAACAAAGCUUACCUUUAACAACACAACAAGUUGCUAUACACUGUGGUGAUUAGAAGGGGGAAAAAGCACAGUCCUCUGGUGUAGUCCAACACUAGAGAUAUUUUUUUGUUGAUUGUUAUAAAACACAAAGAAAUUGUUUGAACAUUGAUAAUAUAAGAUUAUCUUUUUUAUUAAAAAAAAAUCAAUGGUCACUGCAUGAAGCAGAGUGUGAGUUAGAGCACUUUUUGUCAUUUUUUUCCCAGGAAAAAAAAAACUGUGAUUUCAUAUGAUCUCAACCAAAUAAACACGUAACUGUGGUCCCUGAUAUCUGCGAUUGUUUUUGUAGAUUCUGAGACACACACAGUAGGUAUAGUUCGACUGAUUUGUCGGUUUUGUUCGACCGACAAACCUUCAAAAAGAAAUAAUUCAAACAAAGUUUUGGAACUCCAACAAAUCAAGACACCUGUCACAGUGACGUCACUUCAGCAGGGCGGAAUUCGUGAACGGUGAGGAACACAACUUCCUUUUUGUUGGAUGCGCCUUCGAAAUAAAGUUAAUGAAUUACCGUGUUGUGUCCCCAUAGGCGUUAACGUCAAUUGAAUAUUAGAUUAGAAAUGUACAUUUACUGAAAACACAUUUGGUUUUGUUUUUACAAAUCAUGAUGAUUGAUUGAAUGAUUUUAUGACAAAAACCUUUCAAAUUACGAUUUUCUUAACAAGAUAAGAACUUCAAUUUGUGGUUGACAUUGUGGGAUUA